GGUCUCCGCAUUUAAAAUAAAAAAAGAAGCUUAUCUAAUCCUUCUCGUGUAAAUUUCCGAUUAAUCCUCUCCGAUCUCCGAUGGCGAUCUCUUUGGCGAAGGCGAUGAACGGAGAGAGAGCCGUGGUUUUCAUCUUCGUCCUCCGUGUUAUCUCUUCGCUCCCAUUCGCCCUCCUUCCCCACGCGCUCUCACUUUCUGUCCUCUCCCUUUUCUCUCUCGUCGUCGAGAUCCGCGUCGACGAUUCGGCAUCCCUCUUCAAAACCAGGCCGGGUGCGUCAUCAGGAAUAAUGUUAGGAGCAGUUACGUUACCAACGGUAAUGCUCUCCAAGUUGAUUCAGCUUUCAAGAGCUGUUUCUUUGCAACAAAUUGAGAUUGGAGAGUUUGAACAUAUGACAAUGCAAUUUUGGGCCGCAUCGGCUUGUAGCUGCGGUGUACUUAUAUUCCUCUCCAUAGUUACAUGGUUUGCUGCCAGCAAUAAGAAUCCCAGUUUCUCCUGUAGUGUUUGGGAUGCGAAGUUUAGCUUAAGCUGUGUCAUCUUAUAUUCAGUGGUUUGCUGUAUUUCACUUGCCACAAUUUCUCAUACUGGAUUUAACACAGCUUUAAAGUUACUGUGGUUGCUAUGUCAUGGAUUUGCUGCAGUGAAAUUAAUUCAACAUCUUGUCCAUACUUUCCCGUUUUGUGCAUCAGUUGGGGAAGCACUUUUGGUGACUUCAGGUCUUGUACUCUAUUUUGGUGACAUGCUGGCAUGUACUAUUUCAAAGGUUUGUAGACUGUUGAUUCCACCAGAGAUGGUAUCCAUACGAUAUGGAAUUAAAAGAAGUGAGAUAGGCAUUAUUAUCCAGGGUGUGCUGCUUGGACUUCUUAUUUUUUCAGUACUCUUUAAAUUUCUUAUCUGGUUACGGGAAUACUUCUGGGGUGCUAACGAUUCUGAAUCUAAAGAAAGAAAAGAAAUUAGGAGGUCUCUGAUAUUCUUUACAUCCCUUGUGUUUAUCAUGAUUGCCAUUGCGCCAUCUUGGAUGAUGAUCGUCCUGGAUUUUGAUGUACAUCCUGUAUUAUGGAUAUGCCGGUUUAUUUUUUCUGAACCAUUUAAAAGACUUUCACUAUGUGUAUACUGGUUGGCUUUGAUACAUACAUCUGUCUUGAGAUUCUACAACAUUUCUAAGAAUAGUAAGAUCGAGAGGAUUCUUCUUCGAAAGUACUACCAUCUGCUGGCUGUUUCAAUGUUUCUUCCCGCCCUUAUUUACCAGCCACAAUUUCUUGAUCUUGCAUUUGGUGCAGCUUUGGCUGUUUUCUUGGUAUUAGAGAUUAUUCGAGUUUGGAGAAUUUGGCCUUUAGGGCAUCUUGUACAUCAAUUUAUGAGUGCCUUUAUAGAUCAUCGUGACUCGGAUCUUAUUAUUGUCAGCCACUUUUCACUCUUGUUGGGAUGUGCACUUCCUAUCUGGAUGUCCUCUGGGUUCAAUGAUCGACCUCUUACCCCUUUUGCUGGAAUUUUAAGCCUUGGAAUUGGAGAUACGAUGGCGUCAAUGGUUGGUCACAAGUAUGGUGUCCUUAGGUGGAGCAAAACUGGCAAGAAAACUAUCGAAGGCACUGCAGCUGGUAUAACAUCUGUCCUCGCUGCUUGCUUGGUUCUGGUUCCACUUUUGGCAUCCACUGGAUACAUUCUAACUCAGCACUGGCUCCCUAUUUUAAUAGCUGUGACCACAAGCGGUCUGUUGGAGGCCUACACAACGCAACUUGAUAAUGCUUUUAUACCACUUGUCUUCUACAGCCUUCUUUGUUUGUAAAUGCACACUUCAAUCCUUCCAGAAAGAUUAUUACACGGAUGAGAAUUCCCCCUCACAUGCUUUUCCAUCUAGAGGAUUUUUUUUUUCUUUUUUAUUGUUUUAGUGGAUAUGUUACUAACAACCAUCAGGGAAUACAGAGAGCCUGUUGUAUACCAUGCCAAUCGUAGUUUCGAAGAAUUGCUUGUAAGACGAGCCUUGAUGUUUCAUACCUUGUUGUACGUGGCUGUUAUGAGCCCUCAAAAAGAGGUAAGAUUGUUUAAUGUAGUUCAUUACAUGAAUGGAAUUAUGUUCAUUCUUAA